AUGAUUGAGCCCAUUCAAGGCGAAGCUGGUGUUAUCCCAGCAACACCUGAGUUUAUGCAGCAAUUGCGCGAAUUAACGCAAGCUCAUCAGCGCGCUGGUUUGGAAUCCAUUACUUUAGAUGGCAGACCCCCCGCUCCCUCGAAGGGCAUACCUCUG